AAGCUUGUUCCGCAUUCGCCUGCAAGAGUUUCCACCUGGUGGGUCGCAUGGCUGAAUCCGCGAGCGGUUUCGUGACUCCGUCGGGAUGGAUUCCACCCCCCGAGUUGACUCCCACGUUGGGGCCUCUGAAUAACACUACCCCGAUGCGGGACAACUGGAUGCUCUGGGCAAUGAUGCCGCCGCCGCCACCUCCGUCGUCUCAUCCUACAGCCGGAUCAGGGCUUUCCUCGGAGUCACAGCCCUCCCGGGAGGUCCAGGCGCUCCCCGGGGUGCCGCCCCCCUUCGACGCCCAGCUUCUUCCCGGGGCGCAGCCCCCCUUCGACGCCCAGUCCCCUCUUGAUUCUCAGCCUCAACUCAACGUCCAGCCUUUCUGGAAUUACCAGGCUUCGACAUCGUGGUACUGGAGACAGCCUCCUGAUGAUACUUUUCCUAAGCAUCAGAAGUCCCACAACUCUUCUGUUGAACAUUCCUUUUUUCCACGAAAAUAUGAUGCAAAUGGCAAUGAUUUCAACUUCCCUCCCAGUAGAAAACAGAAAAAAAAGAAAAGAAAGGAACCAGUUUUUCACUUUUUUUGUGACACCUGUGAUCGUGGUUUUAAAAACCAAGAAAAGUAUGAUAAACACAUGUCUGAACAUACAAAAUGUCCUGAAGUUGAUUGUUCUUUUACUGCACAUGAGAAGAUUGUCCACUUCCAUUGGAAAAAUAUGCAUGCCCCUGGUAUGAAGAAAAUCAAGUUAGACACUCCAGAAGAGAUUGCAAGAUGGAGGGAAGAAAGAAGAAAAAACUACCCAACUCUGGCCAAUAUUGAAAGAAAGAAAAAGUUAAAGCUGGAAAAGGAGAAGAGAGGCGCAGUGUUAACAACAACACAGUAUGGAAAGAUGAAGGGGAUGUCCAGACAUUCACAGAUGGCAGAGAUCAAAAGUCCCGGCACACAUCACAGAUGGAAAAAUGACAGGGGCGGACAUGGAGCAACCAUUGGAUCAGGCAGUUCUUCACGUGAGUCGAAGCCUGAAGGUCUACCUGCAGCAAAUGCAGAUCCCCUUGGUGUUUUGGCAGACAAUGAUUCUGAGUCUGAUAAGGAAGACAAACCACUCAGUACUGUUAUACCCAAGGAAGUGACCCCAGCUCUGUGCUCACUAAUGAACAGCUAUGGUAGCCUAUCAGGGUCGGAGAGUGAGCCUGAAGAAACUCCCAUCAAGACUGAAGCAGAAGUUCUGACAGAAAACCAGGUUCUUCUUAACAGUACUCAUGAGAGUCCAAGUCACCAUGUUCAAGUAACUGUUAGAAAUUUCUCAGAAGCCAAGCCUAAGAGUCCAAGGAAAAAUUUUAAAAAGACAAAUCCUAAGCAGAAAAAAUAUCACCACUAUCAAACAUUAUUUAAACCAAGAACACACCAUCCAAAUCUCCUGGAAAUGCUUUUGGCUCCGGACAUCAGACAUGAAAGAAAUGUGAUUUUGCAGUGUGUUCGGUACAUCAUCAAGAAGGACUUUUUUGGACUUAAUGCUAAUUCUGCGAAGACCGAGGAUGUGUUAGUUUCUGAUGUUCCCGCGUAACUGAAGCAUGUAAAGUAGUGUCAUCCUCAAGUUAGUGGAGGAAAACCUUUUUUUAAAAAAAGAAAAAAACCUGCAUUAGUAAUUGUAAGCCCCAUAAGAUAUUAUGUUGGAUUUUUAAGUCAUUUCUUUGAACCUAUGCUAAUAAAUACAUAAUCAGUUUUUAAGGCUGUGUCGUUACUGUUGGGAUCAUACACAGUAUUUGCAGACAGAAUUUUACUUCGUAUUUGUAUCUGUAUGUAUUGUUAUUAUGUAAGGAAGUCUGCUGUUGGGCAAAUAAAGAUUUUGAAGGUACUGGUUUAGUAGGAAAGAGGAAAGCAUUUAAAAUGUUUAAUUCAGCUAAGCAAAGCUGGAGGCUGGGUAGAGAAAUACAGCCAUUUUGUUUUUAAUGCAGGAAAGAAAGGAGUUGUUCUUUAACUGUAGCAAGGAAGGAUAUUAAAAAUAAAUAAAAAUAAAACAGAUCAAGUUCACAUUAUUAAAAGGUCUUGAAAUUUAAAUUUUCCCUGUUUAUUUCAAAGAAUACGUUUAAACGAAUGUACUAGCAUGACUUAAGUAGUUCAAAUAUUGAACAUUUGAAAUAUUAAUAUAGAUGUGGCCUCUGUGUAUAUUUAGAUUCAGUUGAAGGGCUUCUUUUUUUAAUUGUACCUUUUAUCCCACUAUGAAAAAGUACAUAAAGUAUAGUACUUAAUAAGGGUCAACCCAUUUCUUAUAGCAGAAACCGUGGUUUAUGAAAUGUUAGCUCAGUUUUAAGGUUUAAUAAAAAUUCAUCCUCUGAAAAAAAAAAGGUAGUGAAAAAACCUGAACCCAUUGCUGUUGCGUUGACUCCAACUCACAGCAACCGUGUAGGACAGAGUAGUAUCUGAACCCUUUUUAAAAUUUUAGGUAAAUAAAAGCUUCUUCCAUUUUUUUGUCUCCUAUAAUACCAGGGAUUCUGAUUUCAUGUUCUAGUCACUUGUGCCAGCUAGAGCUGUAGAUCUCUCCUUCUGACAUACAACUAGAAGGGACUAGGUUUUUAAAAAGUUAUGUUGUUAUAGUUGAAAAAUUAAUUUUAUCUGACAUUGUGACUAUGAAGUUGAUGAAUGUUUCCUACAAGAAGAAAGGCAAGGAAGCUGCUAGCAGCUAUGAAGAAAGACCUCUCACUCCCCUGCUGGCAAGAUCCAGAAUCCUGGGACCCCUGGCACAAAGCACUGGUGAUGUCACAAAUUUAGAUUAAAAUUCACAUCUAGGUCAGUGUUUUUGAACCUUGUAACCAGCAUACAGACCUUUUUUUUUUUUUUUUAAUUCUCUUCCUCCCUACUCCUCCAAUGACCCCCAUAUUUUAGAAAAUUGGCUGCCUACUACAUUCAUUAAUUCAGCUCAUAUAGCAUUGCUGAGUGCUUACUUCUGUGCCACUGCAGUGGUGAACGAAUAGGCCACGCCUGACUUCAAGGGACUCAGUUUUCAUAUUUAUGUUAAUCAAAGAUGUAACUCCCAACUCAAUUCAUCUCUUUCCUGAAGUAAAUGUUACUAAGUUGGUAUUCUAAAAUAAGACUUUGCCAGUGUGCAGUUUUAUCACUAGAUAGUAUACAGAUUCCAUGGGCUUAAAAUACAUAAACAAAUUCACAGACCUCUGAGCUACUUUCAAGGACCACCAUACCUCCAGGGAUCGCUGCUCUAAGGGGUAUCGGGAAGGCAGUUUUAUCUUCCGUCUUCUUUGUUUUCCAAUAAAUGAAUUUAAGACUGUAAAUGUUCCUCUGACUACUGCUUUGGCUGUGUCUGACAGUUAUUUCUAAUGGGUAGUUUCAGGUUCGAUUGCCAUUAUUUAAUCCAAGAAUUAUUUUACAACAUGUUUAAACUUUCCAAGUGGAUAGAAUGUAGCCUAUAUGAUUUUCUACAUACACAAAUGUGAAUCAGUAUUUAUAAAUAUUCCAUGAGUUUUUAGAGGAGGAGGGAUGCUUCAACGGUUUUUGGAUACAAGGUUUUUUAUAUUAGAUUUUGCUUGUUAAUUGUUCAAACCUUUUGUAUCCUAUCUUACUGCCCAUUUAAUCAAUUGAUUUCUGAGAUAUGAAAACAUUAAAUGAAUGCUGGUGAGUUGUGCCUUUUGUCACUAUGAAAUACUCUUCUUUGUCCUCGUUAAUACUUUCUGCAUGACUUCUACUUUGUCCAGUUAACAUUGUCAAAACAGCUUUUUGAGGGUUCAGUCUAAGAGUCCCCGAGGACUUUAAUCCGUUCAUAUUAAUUGAAAUUGCUGAAAUGUUUGGACUUACCCCUGCCAUCUUAUUUUCUAUUUUCUAUGUACUGUGUUUUCUUUUUUGUUUCAGCAUUUUAUUGCCUCGAUUGAGUGGUUUCCCCCCUUGUUUUCCUAGGGUUUAGAAAUAAUUAAACCUAUUGCUGUUACCCAUGCUCUGUAUUUCAUCAGUAGCUGUAUAUUCUACCCAUCUUCCACGAGACAUAACCUUAACAUUCGUUCACUUCACCACCUGCACCUCUUUUCAUAGUAUAACUGUGUGAGGUUUUGGUUUCACGUUGUAUAUAGUUACGUAGACAACUGUGAGUUUUAACUGUUUUCACUGCUUUUUCUUUCAUCUCAGGAUUAGUGUUUCGUUGUUGCUGUUUUCUUUUUUUUUUGGUUUGUUGCAGCAUAUCUUCAAGUAAUUAAAUGCUGACUUUCUCUACUUGAAAUUUUUUUUGAGUUUAAGAGUUUAGGUUCAAAAUCGUUUCCCUUCAGAACUUUGAAGCUGUAACAUAAUUGUUUUUUUACUGUAUAGUAUUGCUU